AUGGCAAUAACUGAUGCUUCUAUCUUGGCACAUAAUUCAAUGCAUGGCUGCUUCACAUUCCUUCCGCAGCGCAAAAUUUUCCAUUCACUACCUGAGGGUAUACAGAAUGUUGAUGUGGUUUACGUGACAAGGAUCCAGAAAGAAAGAUUUGCGAAAGAGGUACGAACAGGUGGAAUAUCAACUACAUAUCAAGUAUUCAAUAUUGGCCUUUCUGUUUUGUCUUUUACUUCAUAUGUUUUUUGUAUUAGUAAAGAGGACUACAAUAAGGUGAAAGGAAGCUAUAUAUUGACGGCGAAAUUGUUGAAUGCCGCAGCACGACCGCAAGAGUUUGGCGGAAAUAUUCUGGGACCUAGCCGAAACCUGCCCAUAGUCCUACAUCCUCUUCCACGCGUCGAUGAGAUCAGCACCGAGUUGGAUCAUGACGACCGUGCUGCAUACUUCCGCCAAGCCAAAAAUGGAAUGUUUGUUCGUAUGGCGAUCAUCGCUAUGUUGCUGGGAAAAGCACCAAUAUAA